AUGUCGUAUAACGAUAAUAACCACAACAAUAACAACGGAAACAACAACUACUACGACCCUAACCAACAGGUUGGUGGUGGUAGUAGUGGUAGUGAUGUUAAUGGUGUUUCGGCAAACGAUGGCUACUAUCAACAGCAGGUUGAUGAUGGCACUGCCAACAUGUACCAACAAGCACCACCACAACAACAAGAUUACUAUGACCCAAACGCUCAAUAUGGCCAGGAUCCAAACAUGCCAUAUGGCCAAGAUCCAAACAUGCAAUACCAUCAACAACCUUAUGACAUGGAUGGGUACCAGGAUCCAAACCAAUAUGGUGGGCAACCAAUGAAUGCUCAAGGUUACAAUGCUGACCCAGAAGCAUUCUCUGACUUUAGUUACGGUGGUGGUCAAACCCCAGGUACUCCAGGCUAUGAUCAAUACGGAACUCAAUACACACCAUCCCAAAUGAGCUACGGUGGAGAUCCAAGGUCUUCUGGUGCAUCAACUCCAAUCUAUGGAGGCCAAGGCCAAGGUUACGACCCUUCCCAAUUCCACAUGUCCUCCAACUUGCCAUAUCCAGCAUGGUCAGCAGAUCCUCAAGCCCCAAUCAAGAUUGAGCACAUUGAGGAUAUCUUUAUAGAUUUGACCAACAAGUUUGGUUUCCAAAGAGAUUCCAUGAGAAACAUGUUUGAUUAUUUCAUGACAUUGUUGGACUCGAGAUCAUCUCGUAUGUCCCCUGCACAAGCCUUGUUGAGUUUACACGCUGACUACAUUGGUGGUGACAAUGCCAACUAUAGAAAAUGGUUUUUUUCAUCACAACAAGAUUUGGACGACUCUUUGGGAUUCGCCAAUAUGACAUUGGGUAAAAUUGGUAGAAAGGCAAGAAAAGCCUCUAAAAAAUCCAAAAAGGCGAGACAAGCUGCCGAGGAACAUGGUCAGGAUGUCGAUGCUUUGGCUAAUGAAUUGGAGGGCGAUUACUCAUUGGAAGCAGCCGAGAUUAGGUGGAAAGCCAAGAUGAACACCUUGACUCCCGAGGAAAGAGUGCGUGAUAUUGCUCUUUACUUGCUUUUGUGGGGUGAAGCCAACCAAGUGCGUUUUACACCGGAAUGUUUGUGUUAUAUCUACAAAGUUGCAUAUGAUUACUUGGAAUCGCCAAUGUGCCAACAAAGACAAGAACCUGUCCCUGAAGGUGACUACUUGAACCGUGUUAUUACACCUUUGUAUAGGUUCCUUAGAUCUCAAGUUUACGAGAUUUAUGAAGGUAGAUUUGUUAAACGUGAAAAGGAUCACAAUAAGGUUAUUGGAUAUGAUGAUGUUAAUCAAUUGUUUUGGUAUCCCGAAGGUAUUUCUAGAAUCAUGUUUAGUGAUGGAACCAGAUUGGUUGAUAUUCCAAAGGAAGAGCGUUAUUUGAGAUUGGGUGAAGUUGAAUGGAGCAAUGUAUUUUUCAAAACUUAUAAAGAAAUUAGAACAUGGUUGCACUUUAUCACCAACUUUAACAGAAUCUGGAUUAUCCAUUUCACCGUUUACUGGAUGUAUACUGCAUACAACUCGCCAACAUUGUACACUAAACAUUAUGUUCAAACUAUCAACAACCAACCACUUGCUUCAUCAAGAUGGGCUUCGUGUGCCAUUGGUGGUGUCCUUGCCUCAUUUAUUCAAAUCUUGGCUACAAUUUUUGAAUGGAUGUUUGUUCCUAGAGAAUGGGCUGGUGCUCAACACUUGACGCGUCGUUUAAUGUUUUUGAUUGGUAUCUUUGUGAUCAACUUGGUACCAGUGGUUUACACAUUCCAAGUCGCUGGUUUGACAUUAUACUCAAAGUCUGCACUUGCUUUAUCGAUUGUUGGUUUCUUUAUUGCCGUUGCCACAUUGGUUUUCUUUGCAAUUAUGCCAUUGGGUGGAUUAUUCACAUCCUACAUGAACAAGAGAUCCAGAAGAUAUAUUUCUUCGCAAACAUUUACUGCCAACUUUAUUAAAUUGAGAGGAUUGGACAUGUGGAUGUCUUACUUGUUGUGGUUUUUGGUUUUCCUUGCCAAGAUGGUUGAAUCUUAUUUCUUUUUGACCUUGUCUUUAAGAGACCCAAUCAGAAACUUGUCAACAAUGCAAAUGAGAUGUAUUGGUGAAGUUUGGUACGGAGUCCGUGUCUGUAGACACCAAGCCAAGAUUGUGUUGGGAUUGAUGUAUCUUGUUGAUUUGCUUUUGUUCUUUUUGGAUACUUAUAUGUGGUACAUUAUCUGUAACUGUAUCUUUUCCAUUGGACGUUCAUUCUACUUGGGUAUUUCCAUCUUGACUCCCUGGAGAAAUAUCUUUACUAGAUUACCAAAGAGAAUUUACUCAAAGAUCUUGGCCACUACUGAAAUGGAAAUCAAGUACAAGCCAAAGGUGUUGAUUUCACAAAUUUGGAAUGCUAUUGUUAUCUCUAUGUACAGAGAACAUUUGUUGGCUAUUGAUCACGUGCAAAAAUUGUUGUACCACCAAGUUCCAUCUGAAAUUGAAGGAAAGAGAACUUUGAGAGCACCAACAUUCUUUGUUUCUCAAGAUGAUAAUAACUUUGAAACUGAGUUUUUCCCAAGAAACUCUGAGGCUGAAAGAAGAAUUUCAUUCUUUGCUCAAUCAUUGGCAACCCCUAUCCCCGAACCUUUACCUGUUGAUAAUAUGCCUACAUUUACCGUGUUCACUCCCCAUUACUCUGAAAAGAUUUUAUUGUCUUUGAGAGAAAUUAUUAGAGAAGAUGAUCAAUUUUCAAGAGUCACUUUGUUGGAAUACUUGAAACAGUUGCAUCCAGUUGAAUGGGAGUGUUUUGUUAAGGAUACAAAGAUUUUGGCUGAGGAGACUGCUGCUUACGAAAAUGGUGAAGACUCUGAGAAAUUAUCCGAAGAUGGUUUGAAAUCCAAGAUUGAUGAUUUGCCAUUCUACUGUAUUGGUUUCAAAUCAGCUGCUCCAGAAUAUACUUUGAGAACCAGAAUCUGGGCCUCUUUGAGAUCGCAAACUUUGUACAGAACUGUUUCCGGUUUUAUGAACUAUGCUAGAGCUAUUAAAUUGUUGUACAGAGUUGAGAACCCAGAGCUUGUGCAAUACUUUGGUGGAGACCCUGAAGGCUUGGAGUUGGCUCUCGAAAAGAUGGCUAGAAGAAAAUUCAGAUUUUUGGUUUCUAUGCAAAGAUUGUCCAAAUUCAAGGAUGACGAAAUGGAAAAUGCUGAAUUCUUGUUGCGUGCUUACCCUGACUUGCAAAUUGCUUACUUGGAUGAAGAACCUGCUUUGAAUGAAGACGAGGAACCAAGAGUCUACUCUGCAUUGAUUGAUGGUCAUUGUGAGAUGUUGGAGAAUGGUAGACGUCGUCCUAAAUUUAGAGUGCAAUUGUCUGGUAACCCAAUUUUGGGUGAUGGUAAAUCCGAUAAUCAAAAUCAUGCUAUUAUCUUCCACAGAGGUGAAUACAUUCAAUUGAUUGAUGCAAAUCAAGAUAACUAUUUGGAAGAAUGUUUGAAGAUUAGAUCUGUUUUGGCUGAAUUCGAAGAAUUGAAUGUUGAGCAUGUCAACCCAUACGCUCCAAACUUGAAGACUGCUGAUCCUGCUGACAAGAAAGACCCUGUUGCUAUUUUGGGUGCCAGAGAAUAUAUCUUUUCCGAAAACUCUGGUGUUUUGGGUGAUGUUGCAGCAGGUAAAGAACAAACUUUCGGUACUUUGUUUGCUAGAACCUUGGCUCAAAUUGGUGGUAAAUUGCAUUAUGGUCACCCGGAUUUCUUGAAUGCUACUUUUAUGUUGACUAGAGGAGGUGUUUCAAAAGCUCAAAAAGGUUUGCACUUGAACGAAGAUAUCUACGCAGGUAUGACAGCCAUGAUGAGAGGUGGUAAGAUUAAGCAUUGUGAAUACUACCAAUGUGGUAAAGGUAGAGAUAUGGGUUUCGGAUCCAUUUUGAACUUUACUACCAAGAUUGGUGCUGGUAUGGGUGAGCAAAUGUUGUCAAGAGAGUACUACUACUUAUCCACUCAAUUGCCCUUGGAUCGUUUCUUGUCUUUUUACUAUGGUCACCCAGGUUUCCACAUUAACAAUUUGUUUAUUCAAUUGUCAUUGCAAGUGUUUAUGUUGGUGUUGGCUAACUUGAACUCGUUGGCUCAUGAAGCUAUUAUUUGUUCUUACGAUAAGGAUAUUCCAGUCACUGAUGUCUUGUACCCAUAUGGUUGCUACAAUCUUUCACCAGCCGUUGAGUGGAUUAGACGUUAUACAUUGUCUAUCUUUAUUGUGUUUUUCAUCUCUUUCAUUCCAUUGGUUGUUCAAGAAUUGAUUGAAAGAGGUGUUUGGAAAGCAUUCCAGAGAUUUGUUAGACAUUUCAUUUCAUUGUCGCCAAUGUUUGAAGUGUUUGUUGCUCAAAUCUAUUCCUCGUCUGUUUUCACCGAUUUGACUGUUGGUGGUGCAAGAUAUAUCUCCACUGGUAGAGGUUUUGCUACUUCAAGAAUUCCAUUUUCAAUCUUGUAUUCACGUUUUGCUGAUUCCUCGAUCUAUAUGGGUUCAAGAUUAAUGUUGAUCUUGUUGUUUGGUACUGUUGCUCACUGGCAAGCACCAUUGUUGUGGUUCUGGGCUUCCUUGUCGUCAUUGAUGUUCUCACCAUUCAUAUUUAACCCACAUCAAUUUGCUUGGGAAGAUUUCUUUAUUGACUAUAGAGAUUUCAUCAGAUGGUUAUCAAGAGGUAACACCAAAUGGCACAGAAACUCGUGGAUUGGUUACGUUAGACUUUCUAGAUCACGUAUUACUGGUUUCAAGCGUAAGUUGACUGGUGAUGUUUCCGAAAAGGCUGCUGGUGACGCAUCUAGAGCUCACAGAUCAAACAUUAUCUUUGCUGACUUCCUUCCUACUUUGAUUUACACUGCUGGUCUUUUUGUUGCUUUUACAUUUAUCAAUGCGCAAACCGGUGUUACCAAAUAUCCAUACGAGAUUUUGGGUUCAACCAGCCCACAACCAGUCAAUUCGGUUUUGAGGCUUAUCAUUUGUUCAUUGGCUCCUGUUGUCAUUGACUGUGGUGUCUUGUUCUUCUGUGUUGGUAUGGCAUGUUGUGCUGGACCAAUGUUGGGCUUGUGUUGUAAAAAGACAGGUGCAGUCAUUGCAGGUAUUGCUCAUGGUGUUGCCGUUAUUGUUCACAUUGUCUUUUUCAUUGUUAUGUGGGUUACUGAAGGUUUCAACUUUGCAAGAAUGUUGUUGGGACUUGCCACAAUGAUUUAUGUGCAAAGAUUAUUGUUCAAGUUUUUGACCUUGGCCUUUUUGACAAGAGAGUUCAAGAAUGACAAGGCCAAUACUGCAUUCUGGACUGGUAAAUGGUACAACACCGGUAUGGGAUGGAUGGCAUUUACCCAACCAUCUCGUGAGUUUGUUGCCAAGAUUGUUGAAAUGUCUGAGUUUGCUGGUGAUUUCAUGUUGGCCCACAUUAUCUUGUUCUGCCAAUUGCCAAUUUUGUUUGUUCCAUUAAUCGACAGAUGGCACUCAAUGAUGUUGUUUUGGUUGAAACCAUCAAGAUUGAUUAGACCACCAAUCUACUCCUUGAAGCAAGCCAGAUUGAGAAAGAGAAUGGUUAGAAAAUACUGCGUUUUGUAUUUUGCAGUGUUGGUCAUGCUUGUUGUGAUUAUUGCUGCUCCAGCUGCUGCAUCUUCACAGAUUGCAGUUGACCAAUUUGCAAACAUUGGAGGUUCUGGUUCAAUUGCCAAUGGUUUGUUCCAACCAAGAAAUGUUUCCAACAAUGACACUGGUCCAAACAGACCAAACUCAUACUCUACUAUGUGGACCUACUUGAGUUCAAGGUACACUGGACACACUACAGCAUACUCAACCAACCCAUUCAGAUAA